AUGAAUGGCAACAGUGGUAGCAGCAGUGAUCUCGACGAUCCUUGGCGCAGGGCAUCGCUCGAAUCUUCGGUCGCCUCGGGCGAGUCGACUCUGGUGCAAGCCAAAGACACCAGACGCAAAGGCUUGGGUUCGUGGAUGGGCAAAAAUCCUUGGAACAGCAGUGCAUCCUCCAACGGCGGAUCUGACAUUGAAGAGGGCACGGCAAGAUAUACGGAAGAGCCGUCGUCGUACCGCUACCCUUCCACCUCGUCUUCGGCACCCGUACCCGAUGCACAGCAGUCGGACGACGAAGCAGCACGCAACGCGGACUUGAACAGCCGCCGAUCAGCUGGGCGUUUCCAGAACGCUAUUUCGAAACAAGCUUCAGCCUCAACCAUGGAAAGACGCACCAUCGCUGUGGCCGUCUCGUCGCGCAUGAUCUUGACACCCUUGAUCCUGCUACCCUUCGUAGCGUGGUACGCCAUGGCAACGGCAAGCAACGUCAUGGACGAUCCGGUGUUCGUCGCCUGCGCGUGCUUGAUCAUUGGGUCGCCUCCUGCGCUGACGUUGGCUCAGAUCACGAGUCAGUCGGCCCAGGGCAAUCCGAGCUUUGAACGCUUGAUUUCCAAGACGAUUUUCACCGCGUAUACGUUCCUUGCCGCCCCCACGACCGUCUUGUUGGUGCUCACCGCGCUGGUGAUCACCGAGAAUGACAAGAACAAGUAG